UAAACUUUCAAAAGAAAGAAUAACAUUUCUUCUUUGUGGAAACAUGGGCGGUGAAAUGGAAAAACCAUUAGUAAUAGGAAAAGCAGCAAAGCCUUGAUGUUUCAAAAAUAUUGAUGUAG